ACCAAAUGGUGUGCCUCUCCGGGGGUGUGUGCAGAAGGCUCCAGGAUAAAUAGGAGGCUCCCAGUUCAGGGUGACACUGGAACCCGCUGGCUGCCCGCCCCGGGUGUUUCCCUGCUCUGUAGCCAGGCUGCCUGCUGCGUAGUUUCGCUUCCUCCUGGCUCAGGGAUUAGUUUCCAAGCACCCUCUCGGUGCCAGGGCCCGGGAAGGGCACAGAGAAGGAGCCGGGAGACUCGUCCAGGGGCUGCCCUGCCCCACACAGCACGGUUGAUGGACCCGGCCGCCCCGGGCAGCGGUGUCACCUCCCUGCCGCUGCUCCUGGCCCUUGCCCUGGGUCUUGCGAUUCUCCACUGUGUGGUAGCAGAUGGGAACACAACCAGUACACCUGAAACCAAUGGCUCUCUUUGUGGAGCUCCUGGAGAAAACUGCACUGGAACCACUCCAAGACAGAAAUUGAAAACUCACUUCUCCCGGUGCCCCAAGCAGUACAAGCAUUACUGCAUCCAUGGGAGAUGCCGCUUCGUGGUGGACGAGCAAACUCCCUCCUGCAUCUGCGAGAAAGGCUACUUCGGGGCACGGUGUGAGCAAGUGGACCUGUUUUACCUCCAGCAGGACAGGGGGCAGAUCCUGGUGGUAUGCUUGAUAGUGGUCAUGGUGGUGUUCAUCAUUUUAGUAAUCAGCGUCUGCACCUGCUGCCAUCCUCUUCGGAAACAUCGUAAAAAAAAGAAGGAAGAGAAAAUGGAAACUUUGGAUAAAGAUAAAACUCCCAUAAGUGAAGAAAUUCAAGAGACCAAUAUUGCUUAACGGUUAUAAAGUUACCACAAGCUGGUAGCAAACUACAAAAGACCUGACACAUUUUGCAGAUGGACAGGACAUGUCUCAGGAAAACAGCUGUCAGAAAUGAAUGUUUAAAUAUUCUAUUUACAUUUUUUAUUUUUAUUUGUAACUGUGUGUUGCUUGUUAUUGUUUUUAAUAAUGAUAUUUUUAUUACAGUCUAAUAGUUGAGAGCAAAUGAGCUGGUUAGGUAACAACAAUAAGGGACAUUUGAAUAUAAACUUUGUUGCCAGGAUUAUUAAACAAAUAAAAGUAGGAAAGGAGUUAGAUUUUAAGAACUGAGUCACCAUCAGGCAGUGGUGGCACACGCCUUUAAUCCCAGCACUUGGGAGGCAGAGGCAGGUGGAUUUCUGAGGCCAGCCUGGUCUACAAAGCAGUUCCAGAAUAGUCAGGGUUAUAUAGAGAAAUGCUGUCUCACAAAACAAAACCAACCAACCAACCAAACAAAGAGCCCGAGUCAAUAAUAGGGCUCCCUGAGUUUAUACACUUACCAUACUCUAGGAGCUUAAAAUAUAUUAUUUCAUUUUAUCAUUUCAGUAGUCUGUGAGAUUACAUAUUUUUUGGUCCUCAUUCCUAUAUAUGCAAUAAUUAUUAUAAGAAAUAAUUUCACUUAGAUUUAGAGAUAUUGAGAGAGCCAAAACUGACAUGGACCAGAUUCAAAGAUGAUGCUUUUAUCAUUUUUGUUAGUUUGAGUACCUGAGAUCUAACUCAAUAGUGGAAUCCGAGAUUUCCAUUUGAACUAUGUUUUGCUAUGAUUCUGAGAUGGUAGACUGAUUUUCCUGUGUUGACACAGAAUACGGAGUCCUGACCAGAGCUGAUGUCGGCAUCAUGACUUCUGCAGGAUUGACUUCAUGAUUAUUUAUUAUCUUGCUUUUUCAUAAAGUCUCAGUGACAUGAGAAAAUUCUUAGAUCACCAAAACAAACAGCAAAAGUAAAUGGCUGGUGUUCGUUAGCCUGUGCAUGGGUGUUUAUGCUCAGUAAAGUAUAAACAGCACAGGAAGAGACUGUUAGUAUUGGUGAUGUCACAGCGGAACAUAUGUGACCAUAGCCUCAAGUCCAAUGUAUGUAUAAUUGCUCUCAGGUGAAUUUUGAUGCCAUAACAAACAUCUUGACCAUAGCAUUUAUGAAUUGAACCAUUUUGCCACUAUUGUGUUCCUUUGACUACAUGUUACAUUUAGUAGAAACUAUAUUAACCAUAAAAAUAAAAUAAAAUUUAUAUUUAACCAGUAUUCUAUAGAACAUGGAAAUUUCCACAUUGAUUAGGUAGGUCACUUACAGAGCCAAUGGGAAGAUGUCCUCAGACAGUGCUGCUUUCCUGCCUGUUGGGAUCCCUGUAAAUUUUACUUUACAAGAGAGAUUCCAGAUUCAAACAAAACCCUACAUUCCCUAUGUUCUUUUAGCACAGUGUUUGUAAGUAUGCUGGGAUUUUAGUAAUGAAGAUUACUUGCCAGUUUCACUAAGUCUAAGAACUGACAAGUUUCAAAAUGGUUUUUCUCCCUUGUGACUUAAUGUCCAUUCUUGAAAAAAAAAAAAGGCUACCCAUAUCUGACUCAGAUGCAUGUUGUAUUUAGUCUCCUUGGGCUCGUGUGUAAGUUUUCUCUCCAUUCUUCUUUAAUGCUAAACAGGUUUGGAUUAAAUGGCUACUAGAACAUUAAAAAUACCACCAGUCCUGUUAAGUGUCUCUGCUUCCUGGUCCCUGGUUGACUGACCAAAGCAGUCAAUGUUGGGAAACUCCUCAUUUUUUAUCUGAAACAUUUAAUGAUGUCUCUUGAUAUCAUGAAAGAAUUUCAUGAACUUUCAUGUUUUGUUCAAAGUGUAUUUUGUAAUUGUUUUUGCAUAUACUAUGUUGUUUAUAUAGACUGUCAAGGUUAUAAUGAAAUAAAAUAAAUUUAUUUUUAAACAAAGCAGCCAUAUUUUUCCUUGGGAAUGUUCUACUGGUAUAUAUAUUAU